AAGUGAUGUCAGUAAGAGACAGGAAAUUAUGUCAGUUACAAACAGGAAGUUCCAUGUGGUACGUUGCUGGAAGUUGCAGCAGAGGAGAGUGGAGGCGUCAUGGAUUAUAAUAUUGUUGUUAAAGAAGAGUUUAAAGAAGAGGACGAUGAGUAUAAGCAACUUUCUGAAGGACACAAGUACAGCAUGAUAAAGCCAUCAAGUAACGGGAACCCACCAGAGAGAUGUCCCCGUCCUCUGUAUUCCCGGGAUUGCACACAGGAAGGUCACACCAUCCCCCACCAUCAUCAGGGUGAAGAUCUCACAGAUAUAAAAGUUGAGGGUAAAGCAGAAGAAGAAGAGAGGUAUGUGAGGGAUGAUCAGCAGUCUAUGGAGGAGGAUGGAAUAACGGGGAUAUUUAUAGAAGAGGACACUCCUACAGAGAUCAAAAAGCUGGACGGUGCCGGACCAUCGUAUUCCUCUUAUCCUGAGGAACCUCAGACUGUGCGGGACGGUGCCGUCCUUCCAACAACUAAGAGGUUUCCCUGUACUGAGUGCGUGAAGAGUUUCCAUUUUAAAUCUCACCUUAACGUCCAUAUAAGAUCUCACACGGGUGAAAAACCAUAUUCCUGCCCUGAGUGUAAAAAAUGUUUCUCAAAGAAGUCCCAUCUUACCACACAUCAGAGAUCUCACACGGGGGAAAAGCCGUUUCCCUGUCCUUGCUGCGGGAAAUGUUUUAAACAGAAAUCAGAACUUGUGACACAUCAGAGAUCUCACACAGGAGAGAAGCCAUUUUCUUGUCCUCAUUGUGGGAAAUGUUUUGCACAGAAGUCUGCUCUUUCCGCACAUCAGAGAUUGCACACAGGAGAUAAGCCGUAUUCCUGUCCUGAGUGUGGGAAAAGUUUUGUGCAAAAAUUACAACUUGUCACACAUCAAAUGUCUCACACGGGGGAAAAGCCGUAUUCCUGUUUUGAGUGUGGGAAAUGUUUUUCAAGAAAGUCACAUCUUUCCAUGCAUCAGAGAAUUCACACGGGUGAGAAGCCGUAUUCCUGUUCUGAGUGCGGGAAAAGUUUUUCAAGGACGUCCCAUCUUAACAGACAUCAAAAAUGUCAUGCCGAGGGAAAGCCGCAUUCCUGUACUGAGUGCGGGAAAGGUUUCACAAGAAAGUCACAUCUAUGCAGACAUCAGAGGUUUCACACCAUUGUUCACCAUGAUCAGAGUGGAAACCUUGGGGAUUAUAAUAUUGUUUUUAAAGAAGAGUAUACAGAGGAGGAUGACUAUGGUGUGAUGAAGCGGCUUUCUGAUGAGCACAAGGACAUCAUUAUACAGCCAUCAGGUAAUAGAAAUCCACCAGAGAGAUGUCCCCGUCCUCUGUAUUCCCGGGAUUCCACACAGGAAGAUCACACCAUCCCUCACCAUCAUCAGAGUGGAAAACUCGGGGAUUAUAAUAUUGUUGUCAAAGAAGAGGAUAAAGAGGGGGAUGAGAAGUAUGGAGUGAUGGAGGAGUUUUCAGAAGGACACAAGGAUAUGAUGAAGUCCCCUAAUACCAGGAACCCACCAGAGAGAUGUCCCCGUCCUCUGUAUUCCCGGGAUUCCACACAGGAAGAUCACACUAUCCCUCACCAUUACAAGAGUGAAGAUCUGAUAGAUAAAAAAGUUAAUGUUAAAUCUGAAGAAGAGAGGUGUGUGAGGGAUGAUCAUCAGUCUAUGGAGGAGGAUGGAAUAACGGGGACAUUUAUAGAGAAGGACACUCCUACAGAGAUCAGCACAGUAGAUGGGUAUUCCUCUAAUCCUAACGAACCUCACACUGUGAGGGACGGUGCUGUUCUUCCAACAGACAGGAGGUUUUCCUGUACUGAGUGCGGGAAAUGUUUCCCUUCUAAAUCCAAGCUUAUUGUGCAUGAAAGGUCUCACACAGGUGAGAAGCCAUUUCCUUGUCCUGAGUGCGGGAAAUGUUUUUCAGAGAAGUCCCAUCUUUCAAUACAUCAGAGACUGCACACAGGGGAGAAGCCGUUUUCCUGUUCUUGGUGUGGGAAAUGUUUUGUACAGAAAUCAGAACUUGUCACACAUCAGAGAUCUCACACGGGGGAGAAGCCAUUUCCUUGUCCUGAUUGUGGGAGAUGCUUUUCACAGAAGUCCAUUCUUUACACACAUCAGAGAUUGCACACAGGUGAGAAGCCAUAUUCCUGUUCUGAGUGCGGGAAAAGUUUUAUACAAAAAUUACAACUUGUUACACAUCAAAUGUCUCACACGGGGGAAAAGCCGUAUUCCUGUCCUGAGUGUGGGAAAUGUUUUUCACGGAAGACGCAUCUUUCCAUGCAUCAGAGAAUUCACACGGGAGAGAAGCCGUAUUCCUGUCCUGAAUGUGGAAAAAGUUUUUCAAGGACAUCCCAUCUUUACAGACAUCAGAAAUUGCACACAGGAGAGAAGCCACAUUCCUGUACUGACUGCGGGAAAGGUUUUUCAAGGAAGUCACAUCUUUCUAGACAUCAGAUAUCUCACAUGGAGGAGAAGAGUGUCCUGAGUGAGGAAAUUGUUCCUCACUGAAGUCCUGUCUUUCUGUACAUCAGGGGUCCCACACAACCCUCGAGGUGUAUUAGUGCCUUGA